AUGAAAAAGAUGAAACAUGGAAAGCCAACUCCUGGUCAAAAAAUAUGCUAUGGUGAUUCAGCACAUCCCUGCUACAAGAUUGCCUAUUUCCAAGAGAUGUCUCGGCGUGUGGGUUUUCAGGAGGCUCGCCAAGCUUGUGAAAUGGGUGGUGGAGUACUUCUAAGUCUUGAAAGUGAAACAGAACAGAAACUGAUAGAAAACAUGCUGCAGAAUCUCACAAAAUCAGGUCCUGGGAUUUCUGAUGGAGACUUCUGGAUUGGCCUAUGGAGAAAUGGAGAGGGACAAACCACAUCCAGUGCCUGCCCUGAUCUUUACAAAUGGACAGAUGGAAGCAGUUCCCUCUUCAGAAAUUGGUAUACUGAUGAGCCUUCCUGUGGGAGUGAAGCUUGUGUUGUGAUGUAUCACCAGCCAACUGCAAAUCCGGGUUUAGGAGGGCCUUAUCUUUAUCAAUGGAAUGACGACAGAUGUAACAUGAAGCACAAUUUUAUCUGCAAGUAUAAGUCAGAAGAUCUUGUAGAAAAAGAAUCAAGAGACAGAACAGAUUCGCAUCAUGAAGUUCAAGCAACAGUGCCAGCCAUGAAGCCUAAUGAUCCAAGCAAGUCAGAAGAUGAUCUUCCAUUGGUAGUUACUGAAACUGGGGGUCUAAUUCCUAAUUUAAUUUACGUUGUUAUACCAACCAUACCACUGUUGUUGUUGAUAUUAGUGGCUUUUGGGACUUGCUGUUUCCAGAUGCUUCAUAAAAGUAAAGGAAGAACAAAAACCAGCCCUGAUCAGUCAACACUGUGGAUUUCUAAGAACCCCAGAAAGGACAGUAACCUGGAAGUAUAGAAAACUGGCUGAAGAGAAAGCAGAAAUGAUACUUUUCAGGAUUUCUUAGAUUGUCUUGUUAAAUAUUAGUUUGGAAUGGCUUGAAAUUGCAACAGAUCAACAGAAUGAAGUGGAAGCUCCCCCUUGAGGCUACUGCUUGGAUCAUUUUUUUAUACAUAAUUUUUGGUUUUUAAUUCCAUAGCAAGCGUAGCCUGCUUAAAAAAAAAAGAAAGAAUGUGAUUAUUUUGCUAAGGAAAGUAACUU